GUUCAGUUGUUGAGAAAAUGAAUUGUGAGAAACACCAUGUUAUAGCAGUUAGAUAUUAAAAAAAAAAAAUAAUAAUAAACUUUGAAAAAUUAUAAAGUGUAUCAAAGCAUUAAUGUAAAAAUAAUCAUAAUUACAUACAAUAGUUUUAAAUUUUUUAGCAAAAUGAAAUUGCAAACAUUAAAAAUACCAAUAACACUACUACUCAUAAUGAUUUUAUGUAGUACAACAAAUGGAUAUAAUAUAUUAGGUUUAUUUACAAUACCUAUUGCUAGCCAUUAUUAUUUUGCUGAAACAUUAUUAAAAAAUUUGGCUUCCAAAGGUCAUAAUGUUACUGUUGUUAGUUAUUUUCCACAAAAAACUCCAUUGGAAAACUUUACUGAUAUUUCUAUAAAAGGACCUGAUAUGAAAAAUUUUAUAGAUUUAAGUAUUUUUGAACCAAAACAUUUUCAUAGUAGUCUAGAAGAAUUUCAUCGAAUUCAAGAUUGGGGUCUUAAAGAUUGUGAAGCAGCAUUUCAAUCAGAUGCAAUUGCAAAAAUUUUAACAAUGAAACAUGAAUUUGAUGUCAUUUUAGUUGAAGAAUUUAAUAAUGAUUGUAUAUUAGCUAUAACACAUUUAUUAGAUGCUCCAGUUGUAUCAUUGAGCAGUUGUUGGUUAAUGCCAUGGUUAUAUGAUCGUAUGCAAACACCAUAUUUUGUAUCAUUUUGGCCACCAAAUAAUUGUGGAACUGGUGAAAAAAUGAAUUUUCUUGAAAGAGUUAAAUGUUUCCUUUAUCACCAUUAUAGUAUUUUUUGGUUUCAAACUGUUACCAAAUUUAAAACAAAUACAAUAGUUCGAAAAUAUUUAGGUGAUUCUAUACCAGAUGUUGAUGAAAUUGCUAGAAAAAGAACUGUAUUAAUGCUGAUUAAUCAACAUUUUUCUUUAACUGGUGUUAAAGCAUAUGCACCAACUGUAAUUGAAGUUGGUGGCUUACAAAUUGAACAGGCUAAAACUUUAAAUCCGAAAAUGAAACAAAUAUUGGAUGCAUCUAAAAAUGGAGUAAUUUAUGUUAAUUGGGGAUCAAUGGUACGUAAAUCAUCAAUACCGGCAUCAAAACGUGAAGAAUUAGUUAAAGCAUUCGGUCGUCUUAAACAAACAGUUAUCUGGAAAUGGGAAAAUGAAACAUUACCAAAUCAACCAAAAAAUGUUCAUAUUAUGAAAUGGACACAACAACGUGAAAUAUUGUCACAUCCAAAUGUUAAAGUAUUUAUGAGCCAUGGAGGAUUAUUAGGUACAUCUGAAGCAACAUAUUAUGGUGUACCAAUUAUAGCAACACCAAUUUUUGGCGAUCAAUUUUUAAAUUCAAAAACAUUAGCGGAACGUGGAAUGGGAUUAACUUUAUUAUUUGAUGAUUUAACUGAAGAAAAUAUUUAUAAUUCAAUACAAACUGCUUUGAAGUCAGAAUUCCAACAAUAAGCAAAGCUUGUAUCUGAAGCAUAUCGGAAUAGACCUCAAAAACCAUUAGACACCGCAACCUGGUGGGUUGAACGUGUAGCUGUAACAAAAGGAAAUUUAUUAAAUAAAUCUGAUUAUUUUAAAUUACCAUGGUACAUCUAUUAUUCAUUUGAUGUAUGCAUAUUUUUAACUGUGAUCUGUUUAAUUACAAUUUCAAUUCUAUUAUUUAUUAUGAAAUUCAUGUGUUGUAGAUCAAAUAGCUCAAAAGUUACUAAAGU